GGCCAUAAUUUUGCAUAAUUAACUUUAUGAACUUCGAAUUCACUUUUUAUUACUUUCCAUACGUCUUUUCAACUUUGGAGGAUUUUUGCGGACUGAAAAGUGAACGGAUGUUUCUGAGAAGGCAAAAUGAAGUCGUGUGGAUGAUAAAAAACCCUGCACUUUCUUGAACAGAGCUUUGUGAUUGUGGUAUUGAGCUUUGCGGAAAAAUUUUGACAUCAGCCAACACGACCUUCACCUGAAAGAAAUCGUGCAUUGCAUAAGAUCGCAUGAAGCCUUCAACACGUCGUUCUAGAGGAAAGGAAUUGUAAAUAUUAGAAUCUUUAUGGCUUUCAUGUCAUUUCAUAUGUGGUCAUAUCUUAUCAUUUUGGCGGCCUUUCUCUGCUGGACAGAAGUUACUAUUGCCAGUGAUCCUUGUGAUUGCUCGGUUUGCGGGUCUACUUGUGGCGGGAGUUUGAGCUGCGAUCCCGGCAAAUUUCUUGUAGUGAAUGGAAGCGAAUUCGGCUGCUUCCAAUGUCCAAGUGGCUCUUUCUGUCCAGGUGGCCGAAACAAUUCUCAGCCUUGCCCAGAAGGUUUCUAUAAUGAUAACCCAGGACAGUCAGAUAUAGGAGCAUGCCAGGAAUGUCCUGCUGGAUUUUUUUGUCCAGAUAGAGGUCAACCACCUAAACCUUGUGAAUCUGGUUUCUAUAGCAACAGUACAGGACAAACACAAUGUACCAUUUGUCCAGAAGGUUUCCAAUGUGAAAACCUUGCAUCAAAACCCAUAGCAUGUCCACAGGGUUUUUACAGUGCUGAGGGUAAUGCAACAUGUACAAUAUGCCCAGAGGGGUAUGAAUGUCCAAAUGGUACACCGCCCAGGGUGUGUCCCACUGGACAGUUUGCACCCAUCCGUUCCACAGCAUGCCAAGCUUGUUCUGCAGGUCAUCGAUGCCCUCGUCAAGGAAUGUCUGCCCCUGAGGGCUGUCCGGAAGGACAGUACACAAACCAGACCUCACAAGUGGGAUGUAACACUUGUGAAGCUGGGCAGGAAUGCCCAAAUGGUGAUCGAUCUGUGCCAUGCCCAGCUGGUUAUUUUAGUAAAUAUGGAGAGUCCAACUGUACGUCCUGUGAAUCAGGAGAGUACAGCAGCAAUGGUUCAUCUGUGUGUUUGCCGUGUCCUGCUGGAAAACAAUGUGUGGACCCUGGUCUUGAGCCAGUGGAUUGUACUAAUGGAACUUUUUCAGGCCCAGGAGAAAGUGUUUGUAAGCUGUGUCCACAAGGUUACCAGACCACACCAAGUCGAAUGUCUUGUGUGCCAUGUGCAAAAGGCUUCUACUGCCCUGAUCCAAGUAAUCCGCCAGUGCCAUGUCCUGCUGGCAUGUACUCUUUGGGAGGUAGAUUUGAAAACUGUACAGCAUGCCCAGCUGGAAGUGCAUGCCCUGAUCCUGCUGGUGCACCUGUGGCUUGUACUGGAGCAACGUAUGCUGAGGCACUGUCCACAACAUGCAAGACUUGCCCUGCUGGUUACAGCUGCCCAGAGAACAAGAGAACUGAAAUAUGUCCAUUUGAUGACUCUCUGGGAUACUUUUAUAGUACUGACUCAAUGGUAUCAUGUGCGCAGUGCCCCAAUGCAAGCUCAGGACAGAUUUGUGAAUCUCGAUACAAGUUACCCAUCAACUGUAAUGCUGGAGAACUGCCCAGUCAGAAUGGGACUGUCUGUAUAAGAUGUCGGCCAGGUUACUACUGCCGCACACCCCAAGAGGGAGAGGUAGCCUGUAAAGUGGGACAGUGGUCACUGGGUGGAGCAACAGAAUGUAAUGACUGUCUAGAAGGCUAUGCUUGUGCAAAUAGUGGAUCGUUACCUCAGCCUUGUGAUCUGGGACAUUACACAAAUGUCAGGAACUCACUCACUUGUAAUCAGUGCCAGGCUGGGUUUAAAUGUUCAACAACCUCCGGUAAACGUGUGGCUUGCACGGCAGGUACAUAUAGUGAUGUAGCAGCUACAAACUGCACAACUUGUCCCCCUGGUUUUGCAUGUCCAAACACAUCAGACUCCACUGCCCAGUACACAUGCCCUCUAGGGACGUACUCUGUUGGUGGUAAAACUCAGUGCACACCGUGUCCAGUUGGAAAGUUUUGUCCCCACAAUGACAAAGACAUUGAACUUGAUUGUGAACCUGGCUAUUUCUCGACGGGAGGGAAGAAAGAUUGUGAUCCAUGCCCUCCAGGAUACAAAUGCCCUAAUGCAGAUGGCAGCACCAACCAAGCUUGCGGUGAUGGUGAAUAUGCAAUAGGAGGUGCAGCAUCGUGCACAGAAUGCCCUAAAGGCUAUGCCUGUCCAAACACAACCACUGAUUACAUGAUCAAGUGUGAGCCUGGCUUUUAUGCAACUAGAAAGAAGACAGUAUGCACAGCUUGUAAACCAGGAUUCUAUUGUCCUUAUACAGAUGCCAGGCAAGAAAUUCCUUGUGACCUUGGUUAUUACUCAACUGGAAAUGCGUCAUCUUGUGAAAUGUGCCCCCCUGGUUAUGAGUGUCCAUUUCAAGAUCAGGCUGUCAGGAAUCUGUGUCCAAAUGGAACAUAUUCAUUAGGGGCUCAGAUCAAGUGUACCCUCUGCCUCCCAGGCAGCAAGUGCCCAUCCAUCACAGAGGGGCCCACUAUUUGCCCACCAGGAUACUUUAGUGAGAGAAAUGCAGAAGACUGCAAGUUGUGUGAGGCUGGCAACCAAUGCGCUGAUCCAGCAUCUCCUGAGCCAUGUCCUCCAGGGUAUUAUUCCAACGUUGGCUGGAUACAAUGUUUACCUUGCAAAAGGGGAUUUAGAUGUAAAGAAGGGUCAACCACUGAUAGCCCACCUGAAGAUGUGUGCCUACAAGGUGGCUGGUGUGAUGGCCGAACAUUUUUCCCAUGCCCACCAGGAACAUAUAACGGUUUUAAUGGGUCCCAAUCUCAGGAAGCCUGCAAGGCAUGCCCUAUGGGUUACUAUUGUCAAGAGAGUGGCACAGUCAGUUUUGACACAUUUGUUUGUCCAGCAGGCCAUUACUGCCCCACUGGAACAAAAUUCCCUAAUCAAUUCCCUUGUCCUGCUGGCACAUACAACCCAGAUGUUAACCAGACGGCUAGAGCUGUAGCUUGUUUGCCUUGCACUCCUGGAAACUACUGCGAGGCUGGUUCAACUCAACCCACUUUGUGUCCUCCCGGGUACUAUUGUCCCAGCGGCACUGGUUCAAGGACACAAUUUGCUUGUCAUGCUGGAUUUUACAAUGAUGUCUUUGGACUGACAAAUUACACAGAGUGUAAAGCGUGCCCUCCUGGGUCAUACUGUCCUGAUGGUUCUUUGACUGAACCUACAGUUACACCUAUUCCAUGCCCACCAGGUACGUACAAUCCAGAUUGGAAUGUGGGCCACCUGCUAAACUGUAUUCCAUGCACCGCAGGUUACUUUUGUCCUCAGGCAGGGCAGGUCAAUGCCACAUUAUUCUGUUAUGAAGGCUAUUACUGUCCAAAUGGCACAGUGGCUGGUCAUCAGUUUCCAUGUCCUCCAGGAACGUUUGGGGACAAAGCAGGUCUGACUGUUGCAGAGGAAUGUCUGAUCUGCCCACAAGGAAAGUCAUGCGGCUGGGGUACUGGCCUAAACAACAACAACACUUGGCAAGUUUGUCGCCAAGGACACUUCUGUCCAGCAGGGACAGGAGCACCGACAAAGUUUCCUUGCCCUCCUGGAACUUACUCAAAUAGUUCUGACUUGUUUGAUGCCUCCCAGUGUGACAUUUGUCCUGAAAGAAAGUACUGUCCAGGUGGAGAACCAGAACCCAGAGGCGACUGUCCUCCAGGGUAUUACUGUCCAAGUGGCACUCGUGUGGCAGAGCAGUUUCCAUGUCCUAAUGGCACAUACAAUCCUGAUUAUGCUAAAGCCAGAGUUGAUGAAUGUCUUAACUGCACUCAGGGCCAUUUCUGUGAAAAGGCAACAGUUCAACCUAUGCAGUGUUCCAUAGGAACCUACAUGCCUUUUGGUUUCAAUGCGACAAGUGGUGAGGUUGUUGGAAUUCCCGCUAAAGGUAAAGGUGACUGCCUUCCCUGUCUCGCAGGACACUUUUGUCUCAAUGGCACUGUCACACCAGAACCUUGUGGCAAGGGGAAAUACACAAAUCCUGGGCAGUCAGUGUGCCAGACAUGCUUGGCUGGGCGGUAUUGCGACAGUGAGACCACAACCGAAGCAGAGAUGAAUGCCACCAAACUGUGUCCUGCUGGUCUGUACUGUCAGGCAGGAUUGUCAAAUGUCAGUGAAGCAACUGAUUGCAGAAAGGCACACUAUUGUCCAGAAGGUCACCCCGUAGAAAUUCCAUGUCCUGUUGGUACAUUCAACCCAAACACCAAUGGAAAGAGUGUAUAUGACUGUGCAAUGUGUACGGCUGGAAAAUACUGUCUUGAACAAUCCAUCAUUGAGACCGGUGACUGUGAUCAAGGCUUCUACUGCCCAACAAACAUCACAGAUGGAGUCUCAAGCUUGCGUAUUGGCUCCUAUGGACCAAUACAGGAACCUUGCCCCAAGGGAACAUUCCUCAAUGAGACAGGAGGGCGGUUUGUUGAGGAUUGUAAAGAGUGCAUUAUAGGAAAUUAUUGUCCAAUCGGAUCUAAGACACCCACUGUUUGUACAACUGGUCACUACUGUCCACCUGGGUCAGGCGACCCUCAACCGUGUCCUCUGGGAACAUUCAAUAAUGGCAGCGGGGCUUAUUACCUUGAGAACUGUACUGCAUGUACACCUGGCUGGUACUGUGAUGCACAGGGUCUGUCCAUUCCAAGAGCCCAGUGUGACCCUGGCUAUGUAUGUUAUGGUGGAGCGUACACUGGAACACCCAAUGAUGGCAUUACAGGGAGACCAUGUCCCCAAGGGACAUUUUGUGUGGCAGGUUCCUUUGAAUUUGAUUCUUGUCGUAUUGGAACAUACAGUAAGAGCACUGGUGGAACAAGUGACCAGGAUUGUCAGUUGUGUGAUCCUGGCUACUAUUGUUCAAAGCAGCAGCUUACAGCCCCGGAAGGAGCAUGCGAUGCUGGGUAUUACUGUCCAGAGGGAUCCAUCCUACCCAAUCAGACAAUUACCCCUGCUGGGCACUUCACUCCAGUGGGAUCUUCAGAGCCACAGCCUUGUUUACCUGGGACAUAUCAACCACAUCAGAAGCAAAGUCGCUGUCUCCCAUGUGAACCAGGAUUUUACUGCGAUACAAAGAACAUGACCAGUGGUAAAGAGUGUGAACGUGGAUUUUACUGUCCACCUGGUACAGACAGACAAUUUGCAUGUCCAGAGGGAACAUUUAACAACCACACUCGUCAGGUGUACAACUCAAGCUGUUUAGGAUGUCCUCCCGGCCAAUACUGUAAUCCAACUGCACAGAGUGUUCCCACAGGGCCUUGUGAUGCAGGCUACAUUUGUUUCUACAAUGCAACAAGACCAACACCAACAUUUGAGCUUGGUGUUUUGGAAUGGGGCCGGCUGUGCUCUGCAGGAUCUUUCUGUCCUAGUGGGACCACACAUGAAAUAGAGUGCCCAGAAGGAACAUACCGCAAAGUAACUGGUGGCCAGGCUGAAGAUGACUGUACACUUUGUGAUCUUGGCCAUUACUGCAAUGGUACAGGACGAACUGAGGUUUCUGGCCCCUGUGCUCCUGGUUAUUUUUGUUCAGGGGGAGCUAAAAUACCAAAACCCAACAAUGAUUCCACUGGUGGGAUUUGCCCAAGAGGGAGCUUUUGUGAAGCUGGGAAGCAACCAGAAAAAUGUGCACCAGGUUUUCAUGCUGAUGUUGAGGGUCUAGCUACAUGUAAAGAGUGUAGUGCUGGUACUGAGUGCCUUAGAGGAACAAUCUACCCUCCACCUUGCCCUCAAGGGUACUACUGCCUCAGAGGCUCUGAAAACAGUGGUGCAAAACAGGCUUGCCCUAAAGGCACUUUUGGUAAUAGGACAGGGCUUACCACACAGAGUGAGUGUUCGUACUGUUUGGAGGGACACUAUUGUGGGACUGCUGCCUUAACAAAUGUGACUGGUCCAUGCAAUGCAGGCUACUUCUGCUUGAAAGGUGCCGAGGUAUCAACACCACCUGAUGACAGUCGUACUCCAAAAUGGUUUGGUGAAUGCCCGGAAGGAGGCUUUUACUGUGAGAGAGGAGUUUCUCAGCCUACACCUUGUCCACCUGGAACGUUUGCACCUGGUAAUGUCGGCAGAUUAGAAUCAAAGGAUGAUUGCACCCAGUGCACUGCUGGUUCUUAUUGUGAGCUUGGAGAUCAAGAUGUCGUAACUGGUCCAUGUGAUGCAGGCUACUUCUGUCUUGAGGGUUCCCACACGGCAAGACCUAAUGCAUCUUAUGGUGGUAUCUGUCCUCCUGGAUUUCACUGUCCUGCAGGCUCUUCUUGGCCUGAGCCAUGUGAUCCAGGGACAUAUAACAAUGCAAGUGGUCAGGGGUCAUGCCAGGACUGCCCAAGAGGUUUUUAUUGCAGUGGUAACAGUACAACUCCUUUGGAGUGCCCUGCAGGCUUUUAUUGUCCACGAAAUACACGCUAUGCUACUGAUAACCCUUGUGAUGCAGGAACAUUCAACAACUUGACAGGAAUGUCUGCUGUCAGUGCAUGUGUGCAAUGCACAGCCGGUUUUUAUUGUGAUAGACAAGGACUUUCAAAUGUGACUGGACCCUGUGAUCCCGGAUACUUUUGUAGUGGAGGUACAACUGCAGCAAGACCUGUCACCAAAGGUGGAAAGUGUCUCAAUGGAACCUACUGUCCAGAGGGAAGCUCACAACCACUUCUGUGCCCAGCUAGAAAGUAUUGUGGAAGUGAAGCUCUAUCAGCACCAUCUGAUGAUUGUGCUGCUGGUUAUUACUGUAUUGGAGGCUCAAGUACACCCAGACCCAAAGACAACAUCACUGGAAGCGAGUGCCCAGCAGGUGCUUACUGCAUAGCUGGAAGCUCCACAUUUGUACGCUGUCCAGAGGGUACCUAUUCAAAUGCCACCCGAAAUGAGAGGGUAGAAGACUGUGCUAACUGCACAAGUGGUUAUUAUUGUGAAGGAGUGGGAAAUACAGAGCCGACAGACAAGUGCGAUGCUGGGUAUUACUGUCCUCCUGGACAGAAAGUUAAAGAUCCAAAUGGAUUUGAGUGUACCCAAGGUCACUUCUGUCCAAGAGGUUCAAAAGUUCCUCAGCGAUGUGAGUCCGGAUUUUACCAGGAAGAUAUAAAUCAGGCAACCUGUAAGGUGUGCCCAGAGGGAUUUUACUGUGACAACCGCUAUGCCCCGGUUGUUUUCUACCAAAACAGUACUUGUCCUCCAGGGCAUUAUUGUCCUAAUAGAACAACUUUUGCAUAUGAAUUCCCCUGUCCACUGGGGACGUUCAGCAAUGCAUCUGGUCUCUCUCACAUCACCGAAUGCAGUCCCUGUCCUGGCGGUUACUACUGCGAUGAACUUGGGCAGACCACAUUCACCAAGCAAUGUGAUGGAGGGUAUUUCUGCCGAAGUGGUGCAUCUGUGUCUACUCCAGAAGGUUUCUCGGAAAAUGCAACAUUAUGUCCCCCAGGCACAUUCAACUACUCAGAUGCAGGUCCUUGUCCUGCUGGGUUCUACUGCCCUGUUGGUACAGCAGAACCUGAGAAGUGCCCUCCAGGCACCUUUAGUAAUGAGACCAAACUGUCGUCAGUUGAACAGUGCCAAAACUGCACAGCUGGAAAGUAUUGUGGAGAGUUCAACUUGGUGAAGCCUUCAGGACUCUGUAGAGAGGGAUAUUACUGUCCUUCAGGAGCGUCAAGAGCUGACUGGAUUGAAUGCCCUGCUGGUGCCUAUUGCGUUAAUGGGACUUUUGAACCUGAACUGUGUCCCAAUGGGACUUUUAGAAACAUCACUAAAGGGAUGUCCAUUGAUGAUUGCUUUAACUGCACUCCUGGGUAUUACUGCCAAGGCGUUGGAUUGACAAAAGUAACUGGUCCCUGUGCAGAAAGGUACUACUGUCCAGGUGGCAACCGUGUGAAAGAUCCACAUCAAUAUUUCUGCACAGUGGGACAUUUUUGUCCAGGAGGGACAUCUGAACCCAUCCCAUGUCAAAAUAACAGCUUUGCCAAAACCACGCAUGCUGAGGAAUGUUCUUUGUGUCCAGCUGGAUUUUUCUGCAAAAUAGCUGGUGUUCCACAGAACUGUACAAAAGGCUACUAUUGUCCUUAUGGCACUGGCAUUGACUUGAAAGCAUGCCCCAGGGGGACAUAUGGUGAUCAGGAGGGAUUAGAGAAAGUCUCGCAGUGUAAGGCAUGUGAUCCAGGAAAGUACUGUGCGUAUGAACAUGCAACUAACUACACAGGUGACUGUGCACCAGGCCAUUGGUGUGCUUAUGGUCUUGAUAGGGCGGAUCCAAUCGGAGAUAACAUAACAGCAUACAAUGCAAGUAGCAAUGAUUCGUGUCCACACUAUGAUGGCAGGGAAACAGGUUAUGGAGGCAUAUGUCCAAUUGCACAUCAUUGUCCUGGAGGAUCAAAAGCACCACUACCCUGUCCUCCAGGGACCUAUGGCCCCCUCCCAAAGCUUGAAGAGUGUCCACCCUGUGUAGAAGGUUAUUACUGCCCAGGAAAUAACUCAGAAUAUGAAUCACGUCCAUGUCCACAAGGUUAUGUCUGUCCUAAUGGAACAUCAGAGCCUAACCAAUUCCCAUGUCCACCUGGAACAUAUAAUAACAGGACGAGACGCACAAGAAUUGAGGACUGUGUCAGUUGCAGGCCUGGCAUGUAUUGCCCAGUUGAAGGAAUGCCACAACCUAAUCUUUAUUGUGCUGCUGGCUACUUCUGUCGACGUAAUGCAACCAGUGCUACCCCUGAUCAAGGUGACGAUGCCAAUAUCUGUCCUGUUGGUCAUUAUUGUCCUGAAGGAACUGGUGAACCAGUGAACUGCCCUCUUGGAACAUUUGGAAAUGACACAGCAUACAAAGAUGUCAGUGAAUGUUGGAACUGUACAGCUGGUUUCCAUUGCUCUCAGCCUGGACGAGAUUCUCCAGUUGGACAAUGUGACCCAGGCUAUUACUGUCCAUCUGGUGCAUCUAGCUCACAAGAAGUCCCAUGUGACCCAGGGACAUACUGUGUGGGACAGAAUGAAGAACCAGAAUUGUGUCCCAUUGGGACAUUCCAGCCUAACUACACUAGAAUGCAUAUCAGUGACUGUAUUAAUUGUACUGCUGGUUUUUACUGCUCCACACCUGGUCAAGCUGAUUACACUAAUCCCUGUAAAAAUGGUUCAUAUUGCCCAACUGGCUCAUCCAUACCAGACCCAGUUGAAUGUCCCAUUGGGUUUCAGUGCCCCAGUGGUAGUGCCAUACCCAAACCAUGUCCUGCAGGAACAUUCACCAACUCUUCAGGGAGGGACAGCUGUGACCCUUGUCCUGAUGGCUUCUAUUGCUUCCCUCUGGAGCUCGCAAGAAAUGAAUCCAUUGGAUACCAUAUCUGUCCAAGAGGGUACUACUGUCCUGAGGGGACUGGUCUUGAUUGGCGUUCAUGCCCAGCAGGUACCUACAGUGAUCGUCUUGGCUUGUACAGUGAGAAGCAAUGCAAGGACUGUGAUGCUGGAAAGUUCUGUGAUGGAAGAAACCUGACAUCUCCAACAGAUUUUUGUGCAGCUGGCUAUUUCUGCACAAUAGGUGUUUCUGUUGACAAACCUUACAUUGAUGGCUACAAUGUUACCAAUAGUUCAUGCCCCAACCCUACGUUCCUCGGCCAGUACACUGGCAUUGGUGACAUCUGUCCCCCAGGAACAUUCUGUAUUGAAGGAUCCAAUGUGCCUGAGGACUGUGCAGCAGGAACAUACAAUGAUGAGUAUGGUCAGGAAGAAUGCAAGGCUUGCCCAGCUGGUUACUACUGUCUGCAAAAGACAGUCACAUUUAUCAAUAACACGUGUCCAAGUGGUCAUUACUGUCCAGUCAAUACCACUCAGCCUUAUCAGUACCAAUGCCCACCAGGCAGCUUUAACAACUUGACUGGGCAGAAGACAGAGGCAUCCUGCCUUCCAUGUCCAAAAGGUAGCUACUGUGAAGGUUCUGGGAAUUCCUGGCCAACAGGUCUGUGUAGCCCCGGUUGGUAUUGCAAUGGAAGUGCAACAUCUAAUAUGACGACCACACAUGGCGGGAAAUGUCAACCUGGUUACUAUUGUCCUGAAGGGUCUGGGUAUCCAAGGGAAUGUGAUGGAGGGAAAUUUUGCGAUGUUGCAGGCCUUAGUGAACCUAAAGGCAACUGUAGUGCAGGCUACUUCUGCAAGUUGAAGGCAAGCAGCUCAACUCCAACCGAUAGCACUGGAGGUAAAUGUCCUUCAGGGAAUUAUUGCCCAGAAGGGUCCAUGGAUCCCAUUGCUUGUGAUCCGGGGACUUACUAUGGUGGUAUUGAAGCAACAAACAUGAGUGCUUGUGUGCCAUGUACUCUUGGAAAGUUCUGUAAUACAUCUGGUCUCUCUGCUCCUGAUGGGGUGUGUUCAGCUGGUUAUUAUUGCCCGGGUGGGCAGUCGGUUGGCACGCCAUCCUUGUACGGUUGCCCACUUGGACAUAAAUGCACUGAAGGUACUGACAGUCCUACAAAGUGUGAGUCUGGAAACUACCAGGAUGAACCACUACAAGACACUUGCAAAGAAUGCCCAGCACGUUACUACUGUAAUGCUACAUUUGGUGGAGUAGAGAACUAUAACUUGUACUUAUGUCCUGAGGGUUUUUAUUGUCCUAAUGGCACCAGAUUUGCAGAGGAAUUCCCCUGUGGAAAUGGCACUUUCAACAACUUAACAGGCCGUGCAAGUCAGAGUGAAUGUACACCAUGUCUUCCACGUUACUAUUGUGGAGAGCCAGGUUUAACUCAUCCACGGACUUUAUGCAGCUCUGGGUACUUUUGCAAGACAGGGGCCAAGUCUGCUACACCUGAUCAAGGAAGUGAUGCAAAUAUUUGUCCACGAGGAAGUUAUUGUUUGGAAGGAACAGAUGAACCAGAACCCUGUCCAGCUGGAACGUUUAGUAAUGAUUUGGGAUUGCAUAACGUCAGCCAAUGUACACCAUGUACAGAAGGAUACUUUUGUAACUCUAGUGGAAAGACAAGCGAAACAGGGCAAUGUCAAGAAGGCUAUUUCUGUGUCCAAGGUUCAGUCAGUGAGAAUCCAGAAGUCUGUCCUGCUGGAAAAUACUGUCCAACUGGCACCCAUGUUCCCAAGUCCUGUCCAGCUGGAACCUUUUCUAAUGCUACUGGCCUGUGGAAAAAAGAACAAUGUACAAAUUGUACUGCUGGGUCAUACUGUUUUGAGCAAGGAAGAACCUACCCCACCGGACCAUGCAGAGAAGGUUACUUUUGUCCCACUGGGUCCUCAGUAGAUAAUGCUGAGCCAUGCCCUAUUGGUUUACAUUGCCCCACAGGAAGUGCCACUCCUAAAGACUGUCGUUCAGGAACAUUUACCAAUGCCACAGCCCAGGCGUCCUGCCAAGAUUGUCCUCCAGGGUACUACUGCGUGCCAGAGAAUGUGACUGCAGGAAAUCCAAAGUCAGGCUAUCGAGUCUGUCCAAGGGGUUAUUAUUGUCCUGCUAGAACUGGUUUGGAUUGGAAGCCAUGUCCCCGUGGAACCUUCAGUAACAGAACAACCUUAAGCUUGGUGACCCAGUGUGAGGAUUGCCCAGGAGGCAAAUAUUGUGGCGAGCUUCAUGCUGUUGAGCCAAGUGGUGACUGCUAUGGUGGCUUCUACUGCGAGUCAGGUGUUGACAAGCCAGAUCCUGUUAACUCAGUGAAUGGAACAUCGCUGCUUGGUAACUGCUCAAUUUUAGGAUUGCAUACAGGUUUUGGUGGUGUAUGUCCAAAAGGCCAUUUCUGUCGUGCAGGAUACACUCUUCCUGAGGGGUGUCCUGAUGGGAGUUAUCAAGAUGAAGAAGGCCAGACGUACUGUAAAUCAUGCCCAGCUGGAUAUGUCUGUCUUGCCAAGGCGACCACUUUCAAUGACACUGUCUGUCCGUCUGGGAGGUAUUGUCCAGUGAAUACAAGUAAUCCAAUUCUUUGUGAUGAAGGCACAUUUAAUGAAUUAACCGGACAGGAAGAGGAAACCAACUGCAUUCUUUGCACUGCUGGGAAGUACUGUGAAGGCUCUGGCUUAAGUAAACCAACUGCAGAUUGCUAUGGUGGGUGGUUCUGUAAGAAUGGAUCCACAAAGCCAACACCUGAUGGAGCUCGCUGUCCAGUGUCGCAUUAUUGUCCCAAUGGAUCAGCACUGCCACAAGUUUGUGAUCCAGGAAAGUACUGUUCACGUCCAGAGCUGUCUGAACCAGAAUUUGACUGUGAAGCGGGCUAUUACUGCACAUCUGGAGCAAAGGAAGCUAAUCCCACAGAUGGAGUGACAGGAAACAUAUGUCCUAAUGGGACUUUCUGCCCAAGAGGAAGCGAUGCACCUGAGAAUUGUCCUGUUGGAACAUUCUUAAACAGCACAGGGAACAGGAAUGUGACUGACUGUAUAGAGUGUACUCCAGGGUGGUACUGUGGUGGAAGUGGGCUGCCUGUUCCCACAGACCUGUGUGCACCAGGUUACUAUUGCACUGGCGGAGCAAAAGAUGCCAAUCAACAUGAGUGUCCUCGUGGAUACAAAUGCCCAGAAGGCAGUCCAAAUCCUGUGCCAUGUGAUGCAGGACAGUACCAAAAUGAGACAGCACAGGCGACUUGUAGAAUCUGUCCACCUGGUUUCUACUGUAAUGAUACUUAUGGCCCAGUCAUCUCAUAUGGACAGUUCCUCUGCAUAGAGGGUCAUUACUGUCCUGAAGGUACAAGGUAUGCUGAGGAGUUCAAGUGUCCUCCUGGGACCUUCAACAACAGGACAGGCAUGGAUGACAAGUCAGAUUGUAGGACAUGUACUGGUGGCAUGGUCUGUGAUGAAUGGGGCCUUGUGACACCAUACAAGUUAUGUGGUGCUGGAUACUUUUGCCGGGAAGGUGCCAACAGUACAACACCGAACCUUGGGGAGAAGGCAGACAUUUGUCCUGCUGGUUACUACUGCCCGCAAGGUGUUGACAAACCCAUUGAUUGUCCAGCUGGUACAUACAGUCCAGCAACGGGUCUUCAGGCAGAGCAUGAAUGCUUGAAUUGUACUGGUGGAGACUUCUGCAAUGAAACUGCCAGGACAUCAACAGCUGGACCUUGCAAACCCCGGUACUAUUGUCCACCUCGUUCAACAAGUGAUGAACAAUAUCUAUGCAUAGAAGGCCGCUAUUGUACUUUGGGAACUUCCAUACCUUUCCCCUGUCCAUCAGGAACCUAUUCAAAUGGUACUGGGCUAGAAAAGCCAGAAGAUUGUAUCGCCUGCAGACCAGGAUAUUAUUGUGACAGUGUGGGACUCAUUGAGCCAAAGGGCCAAUGCGACGAGGGCUACUAUUGCCCCGAGGGUCAAAAUGUCAGCAAUCCAGUCCCUUGUCCAGUUGGUCAGCACUGUCCCAAAGGAAGUGCUGAGCCACAGGACUGUCCAGCAGGGAGAGUUGCUGAAAGUUCAGCAUCAGCUGAUUGUGCUGUGUGCCCUGAAGGCUAUUACUGUCUGCCAGAACUUGUUAUUCCAGGUGUUCAAAGUUCUACAAAGCAUGACUGUCCAGAGGGUUACUACUGUCCAAAUGGUACAGGUGCAGACUGGAAGCAGUGCCCUGCAGGUACCUAUAGUGACCAAAAGAACUUGGUGCGUGAGCAAGACUGCACAAAGUGUUCAGCUGGUCAAUACUGUGAAGGCACAAACCUGACCGAACCAACAGGCAACUGCAGUGCUGGCUACUAUUGUGUGUCGGGCGCAGCUUCACCAAACCCUUACAUGACAAACUUGACCCAGUGCCCAGCUCAUUUUGAACACAUCGCUAUUGGUGAUAUUUGUCCCCGUGGUCAUUUCUGUGAAGAAGGGAGUGCUAUGUUUGAAGGGUGUCCCGCUGGUACGUAUCAAGAUGAGGAAGGCCAAGCCAGUUGCAAGGAAUGUCCAGUUGGUUUCUACUGCUACGCCAACUCCACCACAUAUAUCGGCAAUGUCUGUCCAAAAGGUUACUACUGUCCUGCAGGGACACCCAGACCUCACCACCAACCCUGUGAACCAGGCACUUACAAUCCCAAAGUCCAAGGGAAUUCCUCUCUUGAUUGUCUGCCUUGCGAUGCGGGUUACUAUUGUGCUAAUUAUGGAAAUGAAAAACCCACCAACUCAUGCAGUGCUGGAUUUUAUUGUCCUGGUGGAAACAAAGAAUCUAAGCCAAACGCAACACGUUGUACACCCGGCCACUUCUGUCCUCAAGGCUCGCACAAUAUGACAACAUGCACAGCUGGCAGGUUCUGUAAUUUGUAUGAGCUUCAUGUCACAGCUGGCCCGUGCGACCCUGGCUAUUUCUGUCCACCAGGAUCUAGCAGCAGACGCCAAAUAGAAUGCAUAGAGGGACACUAUUGUCCAUUGGAAUCACCUGCACCACUGGCAUGUCAGCCAGGCUACUAUUUACCAGGCAAGAAACAUGAGAAUGUGUCAGAGUGUGUAGAAUGUAUUGCUGGUAUGUUCUGCAACACCAGUGGUCUGAACUAUCCUGAUGGUGAAUGUGACAAAGGCUACUACUGUCCACCAGGCCAGAGCGUUUCAAAACCAAAUUCAUAUCCUUGUCCUGUUGGACACUUUUGUGAGAAAAAAUCACCCCUUCCAGAACGUUGUCCAAAUGGCACAUAUCAAGAUAAUCAGUAUUCAUUUGAAUGCAAGGAAUGUCUAGCUGGGUACUACUGUGAUAACACUGCUGUGGCAAUAAGCGAUCUGACUGGAUAUGAAUGUCCCAUGGGGCAUUAUUGCCCCCCAGGGACCUCAUUUGCAACACAGUACAAGUGCCCGUCUGGAACAUGGAGCAACAAGACUCAGCUUGAGCGAGCUGAUCAGUGUACAGAAUGUCCUGCCAGGUAUUACUGCCAACAAGAAGGCCUACCAGAACCCGAAGCCUUGUGUUUCCCUGGGUACUAUUGCAAUGGUUCAGCCAAGGUUCCAAAUCCACCCUAUGCUAACUGCCCAAUUGGACAUUACUGUGUAGAGGGAAGCUACAUACCAGAACCUUGUCCACGAGGCUCUUUUGCAAACUCGGAGAGAAACAAGAAUGUUACAGAUUGCAAGCCUUGUAGUCCUGGAUAUUACUGUGAUCCAAAUGCUACUAUAGUCCAGGAAAGGCAGUGCGACGCUGGGUUUGUUUGUAUACUGGGUUCUACAACACCACGCCCAACAGAUGGCAUAGAAGGAAAAGCUUGUCCCAAAGGCCAUUUUUGUCCCACAGGAACAGUGAAGGAACAAGCAUGUCCCAGAGGAGAGUAUGGUCCAAGGGAGGGUCUGAGUGUCUGUGAGAAAUGUCCAGCUGGCUACACUUGUGCAAAUACUUCUAUAAUACAUCUGACUCCAUGUUCUCCUGGACACUAUUGUCCAGGUGGUGUGGCAAUACCCGAUGGUGAAGCAUGUCCUAGUGGAACGUAUCUCCCUUAUCAGUAUGGAAGGUUUUUAAAUGAGUGCCUCCCAUGCCCCCCUGGUAAGUACUGUGAACUUCGUGGGCAGGCUAAUGCAACUGGGCCUUGUAGUGCAGGAUUCCUAUGCAGAGGUGGAGCCAAAUUUCCUGCACCAAAUGACACGAGUGACACUUAUAAUGGGCUUUGUCCUCCUGGGUUCUACUGUGAAGAAGGAACAACAAAUGGCACAAUGUGCCCUGAAGGAACAUUGAGGCCAUACCCUGGAGCAAAAUCUCGCAACGACUGUCUACCAUGCACUGGAGGGAAGUACUGUUUCGAACCUGGGCUGCUUGUUGCAACCGAUCUCUGUAAAGCGGGUUACUACUGCCCAGCAGAAGAAGACAUUCGUUAUCCAGAUCCAAGUAACUUCCAGUGUCCAAUGGGCCAUUUCUGCCCAGAUGGUACGGCCAAUCCAUUCAGUUGUCGCCCAGGGACAUAUCAAAGUCGUGAGCAACAAGUGUCAUGUGAUGAUUGCCCUCAAGGUUAUUACUGUCUUGCAAACACCUCUGAUCCAUUGGCAUGUCCUCCCCAUCAUUACUGUCCUAAUGGGACACACACUCCAGUGGUCUGCCCUAAUGGAACUUUUACCUACACCAAUGAAACUGGACUGAGCAAUGUAGACCAGUGCAGACCGUGUAGUCCUGGUCAUUAUUGCCAACGUGGUGUGGUGGCUGAUAAUUGUUCUGCGGGAUAUUUGUGUUACACUGCAAGUCCCACACCAACCCCAGAUGGUUCUAAUGUGACCAUUGGUAGGGAAUGCCCGGUUGGCUAUUACUGUCCAGCUGGGACCUUAGAACCUUUGAAGUGUGAGGCUGGCCUGGUAAUUCCAUACACAAGGGCGAGAUCCAAGGUGGAGUGUCAAAUCUGCCCUGCUGGAAAGAUCUGCCUGCCUGGCAGUUCCAUACCUGAAGACUGUACGGUUGGACAUUACUGUCCCUUCAAUGACACAGUCAGACCUUGCCCAUUGCGAACUUACAACAACGUGUCUGGAGCAACAGAUAUAAGCUUUUGUGAACCUUGCCCUGCUGGAUACCAUUGUUGGUAUGAAGGCCUCGCUGACUAUACUACCUCUCCGUGUCCAGUUGGCCAAUACUGUUUAAAUGCCACAGACAAUCCAAUACCCUGUCCAAAUGGAACCUACCGAAAUGACACUGGAGCACGUAAUAUAUCUGAUUGCUACCUCUGUCCUGCUGGCAACUUCUGUCCCCUGUCAAACAGCAGUUUCUGGGGCUACGAGUGUCCAGAUGGAACAUUUUGCCCCCCUGGAAGAUCUGCACCCACAGUUUGCCUGCCAGGGUACUACUGCAGACAAACCAAAACUCAAAUGCCAUGCCCAGCUGGUUUUUACUGUCCAAAUGGUUCUUCUUCAUAUAUUCCUUGUCCUGAGGGGCACUACUGCGACCCAGCCGAUCGAUGUGACAGUGACGACACGAAUGCGGGUGCCUGCCAGCCAAAGAUAUGUCCACUAGGAUACAAACAGAAAGAUGGUGCUUCCAAAGAAAAUUUCAAUGAUACUUGUGAGAUCUGCAGUCCUGGUACAUUUGGCAAUCAUCCCAGCCGUUCUACCUGUGAGCCUUGCCGUGGUGGUGUUGUCUGUUUGGAAGGAGCAACUACAGAUGAUCCUGGUUUGAAUGGGACUGCACUGGGAGUUGAGAAUACCAAUUCAUUCCUGUGUCCUCAAGGAUACUACUCUCAAAGCGGUGAUCAUAGAUUAUAUCCAUGCCCCAAUGGAACCUACAAUGACCAGCUUGGUGCUUCACACAUUGGACAGUGCAAACCUUGCGCAGUUGAUCACUAUAAUCCAUAUGUUGCUCGGAAUUCCUGUUUGUCCUGUCGUCCUCUACAGUCCAAAGAAGGUAGUGACACGUGCACAUGCAGAGGGCAGAACCGCGUUUACAAGAUAUCAGACAAAACAUGUGAAUGUAGGCAGGGAUUUGAACAGAGUACAGACAAUGAUGAGGAUUGCAUUCAGAAAAUGUACCCGUUAUGUGGCGAUGGCACAUGGCGAAAUCAGAUGGGCGAAUGCUGGAAUCAGUCUAGAUGGGAGGACUACUGCAAUAACACGAAAUGUCCAUUGGGUGCCGUUGGAUUCCAAGGGGAACUGGGUCUCUGCAAGUGUAAAGUAACAGACAGAGAAGACAUAUGUGACAGGGAGUGCAGAUUGAACCAGAAGAAUCGUAUUCAAAUUGUUUGCCAAGACCCACCACAAAUAAGAAUCACCUAUCCCGAUAACAGAUCGCCUGUGGUGUUCAAUGUGUCAGAGUUGGAAAACGUGCCUAACUUCGCAGACACAUUUGAUUGCAUGGAUGGUGAAGUAUUCGCUGUCAGUUUUGUGGAACUGCAAGCUGGAAACAUACAAGGUGCAUAUGAUCCCGAUCCCGAGGGACUUACGGAAGUGAUAGCGGAAGAAGUAACACGAAGCUCAAGCAACUCCUCCUCCGCGUCAAAGAGAAGAAGACGAAGAGCUGUGACGAGUUUGACCUUCAGAGGUCUUUCAAAUCCCACCAUCUGUCUCACACAUGGCUCACACAUGAUCUGGCGUGUGUCCAACUCAGAUUACCCAAAGUACGAUAAAACUAACUUGUACAACACGAACCCGUCAUUUGAUGAUGGUCCCUUUAAAGCUUUGGAAGAAAAACAUGAACUCGAGUCCACCAGUUUCGAGUUGUUUGCGUACCGGUUUGACACUGAAGGUGUUUACGUGUUUACAUCCAGCGCUAAUCCAGAGAGUACUAUGCUUGUUCGAGUCAUGGCCAAAGGAGCCCAGUGCGCUGAAGAUGGCCCCUUCUUUGCCACAACACCACGAGUUGUGAUUCAGAAUGGCAUUGCCAUCUCUAGGGACAUAGUUAUCAUGCCUGACUGGGUUUUGAUUGGUGCCAUGUUGGGAAGCUUUGCUUUGUUGAUGGUCAUUCUUGUGAUUGGUCUGCUGAUCUUCCGUAAACACGGUUGGAGAAAAGUCACCUUCAAGUUCCCUCGCUAUCGUGUGCUGGCACAGAAUUACAACUUUGAUGACUAUUCGUCCAAAGGCUCCACUGUUCACCCUGUUAAGAAGUACCACAGGAAUCUUGAGGGGCUCAACCAGUACGCUCAAGAAGGAGCCUUACAAGAGCAGGGACCUGCAGUUGACGAGAAUGUGAAGGGAGAUGAAUACUGGGAUUAUGACCAACAGGUUGAUUUAGAAGGUUUUACAUCCGGGCGCUUGUACGGUAUUUUGGCAAAACAGUCCAGAGAGGUGACGGCAGCCAUAGCCAGACAAAAAGAUCAGGCUAAACAACUUUAUCAGAAGAUCAACCAACAGACGGAAUCUCUAAAAGGAUUGUGGAUCGCUAAAUUAAACCUGCGAGGUCGUGCUGCCAUGGCAACGCCGGAAGAUUUGAGAGCUUUUGAUGCCAAGAAAGCAGAGCUGGAAAGUGAACUUGAAAGAAGAAAGGAACUUGGAUUCAAUUUCCAGCAGAUCCUACAGCGCCAGAAAGCCAUCCUCGAAGAAGACGAAGAAGCGCGCGAAGCUCACUUGGUGGCGUUUGACGCUUCUUUACGAGAAGGAAUUCGUAUGCUGAAAGGUCACAGUGAGAAACAAGGCAAAGGUGACAUAGACGGAGACUUCAACGAACAGCUAGAACACAGGGUUGGAAGCCGCGUUGAUGCAAUCAUUCAGCGGUUAUCUGUAGAGAUCACCAGUGAAUGUCGACGACGAGGAGCCUGGGCACUACUGGGAGAGAAGACUGGGGCAAGGCUGUGCACGAUUGAAGGAGAGCUCCUGGGUCUAGAUUACUUGUUCAAUGGCGAUGGAAGCAUUCGAGCCACUGAUGUCAUAUCACAGGACCCGCACACGGGACUUCUCAUCCCGAACCCGGCAACAGCUAACAUGCUAUUGUCUGAUAAUGUCACUAAUGUUCCCGUCCCUCAAUACUUCUUUGUCCACCAGAACAACGGCCGGGUCAUGCCAAUAGAAGGGAAUGUCGCCUACGACCCGCUUGCAUCUCGUCUCACCAUUACCGCUGAUAGCACUAACGCUGACGCAGCUUCUGCAGCAGAAGCACUUAUCCCGUAUAUCCCGUACCCGAGCAAUCCCGAGACCGGGCUGCUUGUGAAAACAACUCUGACACCGGUGGAGAAGAGAGGUGAUAUGAGGCUCAAUGGCAGGAUGAUUUGCGGCAGAACGGGUCUGCCUGUGCCGAUUUUAGGAAUGACCAUUCACCCAGAGACAGGUAAUGCUUAUCCAAUCGGUGGCUGCCAUGACGACCCAGUGACAGGCCUUCCCGUUGCCAUAGAGAUCGGCUCGAUGAUGCUUGAUCCGAACACGGGUCGACCAGUGCCUAUUGUAGCAGUUACCAUUGACCCAAGGUCAGGUAAUGUCAUUCCUCUGGGUGGUACACCUGGGGAUUCCGACAGAGGGGACGAGGUUCCUGUGUUACUUGGAGACUCAUUCUCCGAGCCUCUGUCAAGCAGACCUCUCAAGGUUACUAGUGCCAGGCUGGUGGAUGAUGGUGAGAGAGAACUGGAACCAAUGGGUGGAGGCUACCAGUACGUCCUGGACGUUGGCGAGUUGUAUUACGAAUUCCGCGUUCUAGAGGCACUGCAGGUGCUUAAAGAAGCAGUCACAGGCCCUGAUGAUUUAGACGGCCGCCAUGAGCUGAGUAUGCUGGAGACUGCGCAGAAGGAUCUCCAGCGCGGACGCUCCAAGGUGAUGACGUAUUUAUUGAGAAGUGUUCAUGACAUCAUGCGCCGUGAGGAGCGUUGUUCUCUGUUGGCUGAGAGCGGAGGUAGCCCUGGAAUGUACGAAUUCUCAGCCACUGGUCAAUUACUGCCGAUAUUAGUAGGCACCACAAUGAGGGACCCAUCAGGAACAGACCUUGAGGUACCAAUCCUUGGCAUAGACAAAAACCACGAGAUCGACACAAUUAUUCCAUUGGGAGGUUCCUUAGAGGACCCUGGUGGGGAAGGAUUGGUGCCCAUUAUGAUCGGAGAGAAGGCCGUGGACCCGGUGACCAGCGUUCUGUCUACUAUCUGUGGCGUGAAGAUGAACCAAGAGUUUGGCGUGACAGAACCUGUCACGCUUUCCUCUAGCACUCAAAGAAAGCGCCGCCCGCCUCCUGGAUCGGUGGCCCUUCUAGAGGAAGAGCUCGCUGGAAGGCGCAGUUUCUGGCGUCGUCAGAGACACCGUGAAGAUGAGCUUACAGAAGUGGAGUCCAAACUCCACCGACAACUGAUGGAAGAUGAACACGUGACUGCCUAUCAUGUACAGGAACAACUAGAAAGCAUCCAGGAAGAAACUAUUUCAUUGGCUGAUGCUGCUCAUCGUGAAGUCCAACGACGAACCGAAGCGUCUGUGGACCAUGCGGCCGGACUGCCUCCAGAUGUAGUGGCUGUGCUUACAAUGUUUGAUGCUUUGGAGAGACAGAAGGAAGAAGCGCAUAAUUCAGCUCACAAACGCUUUGCGGACUCUAUCAAUCGCUUCUUUGAUAAACUGCAGACCGAAGAGACAAAGUAUAAUAACAGAAUGGACGAACUGCAGGGCGCGUUGAAUCCGGAAGCUGAAGCUGCCGUGACUGAUCGCUUCCAGCAAGCCAAGGCCAGGUUACGUGGCGAACUAGAAGAUCAGCUCCAGAGCCGCUCGGAACAGCUGGACGAGGAGCACUCAGGACUAGAAUACGUCAGGAACAAAGCUGAGAUUUCCGCUUUGGAGGCCAAGCUUGUUUUGACGGGAGGUGCUAUUGUUGCUGGUGAAUACGAAGUCGCCCUGCUCGGAAUUUACGGCGAUGAUCUUCCUUUACCAGAAGCUAAUCGGGAGCUAUUGCCUCUUCUUCAACGACUCAUACGACUUCUUGAGGAGGGCAUGCCCGUGUUGAUGAACUCCGCUGGGCAAGUUGUUGGGGGCGGUUAUUCUGUGCUCGGUGGUGGUGCUAAGAUUGACGUCAUCAGCUCAGGUGCUGGUGGUGAUAGAGUUACUAGUGUUGCUCCAGCCGGGUUGAUGAACCAAACUAGUGUCACUUCUGAACGAACUCAAAAAGCUGCCUCCGUUACGCUCGCACCAGGCCUACAACGCCAUACAAGCACUGUUUUCUCCGCGGCAGAAAUCCUCUCCAAAGUGGAAGUGGGGCAGAUGGGCCAGAAAUACAGUUCCGAAGCUGUUAACAUCGCUGAAAUUGCGGCAUCAGGUGGCCUGACAGAGGAAAAGAGACAAGAAAUUACAAAGAACUUGAUGGAAAAACACACUUUAGAAUGCGCGCAGUUGGAAAACGAACUCCGCUCGAAUGAGAUUAAAAUCAUCUCUGAGGUUAUUACUGCUUACGAAGAGAAGAAAGGCAAGGCGGUGGCUGAGUUGCAGGAAGAGCUAAGAGAAAGGCUACGACGAGCUGAAAGUGAAGAAGAGAAGGAAGCGCUGAUGCAGGAAUACUCUCAGAAAAUGGCCAAGGCCCAGGACGACAUUGAACAACAGAAACAGAGGAAGCUGCGAGACGUCAGAAAGCUUCUAAAGGAAGAGAGACUGAGACGCAAGAAAGAGCUCUUCAACCGCCACAAGGAAGAAGCUCGUAAUGCAGGAGUGAGUGAUGUGAUCGAUCUUGAUCUACCUGAUGACGAUGAAUUGGAAAGAGAUCUGAUUUUAUUGGCGCAACAACAAGAGAAACUGUUGGCGGAAUUGGCGCUGGCGUACGAAGAGGAGAGUGAACGGGAGAGAGAGGAAAUGGAGUCUGGAAGACGAGCGGCUUUUGAUCAGGAAAUGGAAGCUCGAGUCAAAGCCAUGAAUUUGUCAGUUGCACCGGAAGAGAUCGAGGACGCUUUCGAAGAAGUUCGAGAGCUUCACUCACGAGCCGCAUCAAGGAGAGUCAACAUGAAGGACAAAAUGAAAGAACGAAAGGAUCGCAAACGAUCCAGAAAAACCGAGGAAGAACUGAAAGAGGAGUUGAAGCACGUGACACCCGGGUCCCCUGAGGAGGCGGAGAUCCUGGAUGCCUUACAGAAACGUGAGAAUGCUGACGUGCUGAGGGAAGAAGGAGCUUUGAUUGCUGUGUUGGCUGAAGUGGAGGCUGAGCAGGAAGAAAAGAAACGAAAACAGGUUGUGCAAAAUCUGUUGAAGAAAACUGAGCUGACAGAAGAAGAACAGCAACAAUUGGUGGCCAAGUACAUGGAAGAAGCUGAAGAAAUGAAACAGAGACACAAUGACCUGCAGAGACACAGCAGAGCCGUGCUGGCCGCUAAACUGGCCGCCAGAAGACGACAGAAAGAAGAGAUGAACAAAGAGGCAGCUAUGAAGAAAGAACUCAAGGAAAUGAGCAAAAAACAGGCUGAAUUAUCUGGUGAUCAAGCCGCUGUGCAGGUACUAGAGGUAGCGGAGGCUCAGGUUGCAGGCGAAUUGAAUGAAGAACUUGAGAAGCUUGCCGAGAAACAGAUUGAAGAACAAGCUGCACUGGAGGUGAAGCAGGUUGAAGAGAUGAUUAACAUGGAGGAAGAACUACGAGCGGAACAACAGACUGCAGGGCAGCAAGUCGCAGAUCAGAUUGAAGAGCAGAAACAGAAGUUAAUCACAGCAAAGAAGGAGACAUUUGAGAAAGAAAUGGCGCGAACACGUAACGAUCUGUCACAAGAACAGGCUGACUUGUUAUUGGAACAACAUAAGCAGGAGCUGGAGAUUCUGUCGCGCAGUAUGGAUGUCGAGAAACAGAGGCAGUUAAACUCACUGAGUGACAAGAUUGCCGAGCGAAAGAAGCGCAAAGCUGCCGCGUUAGAACAGAGACACAAGGCUGAGAUGUCGAAGGAACUGAUGAAUCAGCAGAAUGAAAGACGGCAAGUCCAAGACGACAAGGUUCGUGAAGCGCAGAAAACGGCGCUUGUGGAUGCAGUACAGAAUCUGGACAGUGAACGAGCCGGGAACACGAUUUACCAGGUGCUACAACAGCGACACAUACAAGAGAGAGUUCAGCUUGAAGAGCAGGUUAACAGAGAGAUUGCCGCUGCCAAGGCCGAGGCGCGGGCUCAAAUGGCUGAAACGCGUCAAGCAGAGAGAGAGGAAUUGAUUGCCGAACAAGACAAGGAGCUCAUGGAGCUCAUUGCAAAAUCUAACUCUAUGAGCACAGCCGAGCUCUCGCAGAUGAAGGCAGAGUUGAAGCUGAAACAAAAGAAACAACUUGCGCAGUUUGACGCAGAAACACAAGAGAAAGUGGCCCAGGCUGAGCUGGACGCCCUGCCUUCUCUUGAGGUGAAACAUGCGCAUGCUCGAUUAGAACUGAGAGAAAGACAGCUUCAGGAGCUCGCGGGCACAAUGAAUGAACUGUCAACCGAAGAGGAGCUGAUCAAAAACUACACCGAGCAAGCUGAACGGGCCUCGCAGGCAGCCAAGGAAUAUCGCGAACAGACCAUGUUUGAAAUGGCGGAGAAAAUCAACAAGAUAAAAGAACAAAGGCAACAGCAGAGUGAAGAGCAGAAGAAAAAAAUGGACGAAGAAGUCAAGCGCCUUGAAGCCGAGCUGGAGAAGGAAAGAGAACGAGAAGAACUGCGUCUGGCUGAGCGGGAGGCCGAGCGAGCUGCAAAGAGAGCUAAGACGGCACAGGAAAGUGAGGCUGCUAAGCAGCUGGCCAUGGCUCAGAGAGGAAUGACUGAGGAGGAGAAAGAGAAACUGAUGAGAGAACACCAGGAAAACAUGGCCAAGUUUGAAGAAAACCUGCGAAAAGAGCAAGAAAGAACGAAGGCUGCGCUGCGUGAGAAACUCGAAGCCAGGCGAAAGAAGAAGAAAGAUGCGGAGAUGCAGAAGAUCAAGGCUGCUGCAAAGGUUGAAACAGAGGCUGCAGAACAGAAAGAAAGAGAAGAAAUGACCGCGUUACAGAGACAAGGAGCCGAGCGUCUGAAGGCCAGCACCCCUGCCACGCCCAUGGCACCCUCAGACACACGGCCGAGGACAACUGAAGACCUCACUGCCUCGGAAACCUUACUCACAUCAUCUGCUGACACCCAACCUGUAAUCACCGCUGGACUACCUGCGGGCGUUUCAGAGCAAGACUGGGUCUCGAUGCUGAUUGGCUCGCCACUAUUCGACAGCGUCAAUGAAAUAGAAAACAUGCUGAAAAAUAACAUCGGUGAGGGAGGGGUGGCCGGGGCUAAAGGAGGCCGUCCUUACAUCGACAUAAAGGACGCUCAGUGGCUGUGUCGGGGAGAUUUGGUUCCAGUGGAUAUCAACGAACUCAGUCCUCCCAACUUUGUUGUGUAUCGGUUUGGUGUGUUCAUCACACAGAUGCUUCACAAAGCUAUGGACACACCGGAAGUGACGUUACUACUGGCGUCCAACCUACCGCCAAACAACUACGAAAGAAACGCCUUCCGGAAUUCCUUCUUCUACGAGCAUGCGCGGCGAGUGUUGUUUGUGCGUCAGGAGCGAAUGGAAUCUGUUGGCGACUUUUUAGUGGUGAUCAUGCAUUGUCUUUCACAUAUCAAGAUUGAUGACCUUGUUGAUGACCAGAACCCACUCUUCCUCAGAGAAUUCUACAAGGCAUUCCGUGUUUGCUGUCAAGACUUGUUCUUCGCACGAUCUCGUAAUACACCAACCGCGCAACGGCUAGUGGGUAAUGUGUCUAGUGCCAGUCCCUUGGAAACCGCCUUCAAACCAACACGUUCUAUGACCGAGAGAGUGAAUGUAGUUGGGGAACUGGUGAACAUUAAGGUGUCAAGCCCAGUUGAUGCUGACUUCUCUGUGCAGGGAAUUACCGAGCGUUUGGCGCGUAAGAACGCAUUCCUCACCCGCGCCAAGCUGAAGGAGUACCUGUCAUCUGCGCAUGCGCCUUCUUCAAGAAAAGAAGAGUUCGCGAUGACGAGGCUGAAAGAGCUUAGAGGCGAGAAGACUGGAGACGAACAAAGGCCCAAGUCUCGAACUGCUGGAGUCAAAACAGGUUUGAAAUCUCCAAAGGAACUUCUUGAACGGCAAAUUAACGAUCUGGAGGGACGCGUUGACACACUCAACACAGAAAUAGCCCAGGUUAUGAAAACAGAAUCGGAAAUGAACGUCACUGUUGACCAAAUGGCACAGGAUAAAAACGUACCUGAAGACAGAGUGGAAGAAGUCAGACAAAAGCUAACAAACGCUGAACUACAGAAGGACAACCUGCUAAAGAAAGUGGACUACCUUGAAGAAGAAAUUAAAAAGAAAAGAAAGGAACUGAACGCCUUGGACAAUUAGAACGUGUAAUUUGUGAGUUAGUGGUAUAAUUUAAUUGCUGAUUAGGCUACUUAAUUAACAUAGUUUUUCAUCUUUCCCAUGGGGAAAAAAAAUGUAAAUAGUCAUUGAAACACGGAUAAAACCUAGUUAGCCCAGUGCAAGUGGUUUUUUUUUCAAAGUAGACGAUAUUUAUUUGAAAUGGGAAAUCGUUUAUAUUUAUAAGUGAGCUCUUCAUUGUAGAGUAAAUCGCUCGCUCAUUGAAGCAUUGUAACUGAUUUGUGACAAUCAGGAAAUCUCGCAAAAUAUGAUUCACUCCUUUCGUUGCAGAUAUCCAAUCGAUUUCAUAUCUUGUCGUAGUGUGCGAAUAAUUGCAGUAUUUUUGUACUACUUUUUUGUUAUUUAUUGUUCAUCAUAGACGAUUGUUCAUACUUUUAUUUUUAUAUGCUUGCCAUCUUUUGUAAUAAACUCGGUAUUUUGUAACAAUCCGA